AUGGCUUCCUCGCAGGAUGCUUGGUAUUUAUCAUUAUUAGGGUUAGCCGAAAAUUUUAGAACUUCAAGUCCUCCGAACAUCAAAUUGUGCAUUCAGUGUUUACAAGCAGUAUUUCAUUUUAAACCUCCACCUAGAGUUGAAGCUAGAACACAUUUACAACUUGGAAAUAUACUUUUAACCCAUACCAAAAAUGUUGAUUUGGCAAGGAGCCAUUUAGAACAAGCUUGGCUUCUCUCGCAGAUUAUAAAUGCCUUUGACGAUGUUAAAUUUGAAGCAGCGAGUGUUUUAGCAGAACUGUACGAGCAACAGAACCAAUCAAACCUAUCGAAACCAAUAUUGAGGAAAGCCAUCGAACUGUCGCAACAUAGUAUAUACUGGCAUUGUCGAUUAAUAUUUCAACUAGCUCAAAUUCACGCUACUGAGAAGGACUAUGAGCUGGCGAGCAGUCUAUUGGGUGUUGGCGUCGACUACGCUCACAUCUCUCAGGCCCAUUAUACCAGAGUUUUGUUCCUACUCAGCAGGUGUAUGCUGAUGUUGAUUGACAAGAAAUUUCUCGAAGUUUUGCCAUUGCUGAACCAAGCCGGACACUUGGUUGACAACUGGACUGGCAACCAGCAUCAGAAGGAAUACCUCAAAGUUUACUUCCUUGUUCUGCAGGUAUGCCACUACUUGAUGGCAGGUCAGGUCAAGAGUGUAAAGCCAUGUCUAAAGCAGCUACAGCAGAGCAUCCAGACUAUCAUGAUGCCUUCCUGGCCCACGGACGAUGUUGUGAGUGGGGCCAACCCAGGGGACAUGUUUAUAUGGAUGCCCAAGGAACACCUGUAUGUGCUCGUCUACUUGGUGACAGUGAUGCACAGCAUGCAGGCUGGCUACAUGGACAAGGCGCAGAAGUACACGGAAAAGGCACUCAUGCAGAUUGAGAAACUCAAGAUUGUGGACAACAAGCCGAUCCUCUCCGUGUUCCAACUGAUGCUGCUGGAGCAUAUAGUGAUGUGUCGACUGGUGAUGGGCAACAAGACGCUGGCGCUCCAGGAGAUGGCGCAGGCGUGCUCACUGUGCGAGUCACAACCCAAACUGCUCCAGAGUCAUCGGCCGCAGCUGCACACUCUGCUGGGACUGUACGCCAUGAGCAUGAACUGUAUGGAGGCAGCCGAGGGACAGUUCAUGGCCGCACUCAGGUUAUCACAAGAGCGAGAUCUGUGGACGUUUGCCAACCUCAACUUGGGCAUUGUGUAUCUCCGAGGCAAGCGUGAGAUGGAGUUUUCCAACCUGCUAGAGAGGAUAAACCCAGAAACGUUGCCUUCUCACUCACACAGUUUGCGAGCAGCCGCAUACUACGUGCAGGGUCUACAGUCGUUCUUUCUGGCCAGAUACAACGAGGCCAAGAGGUACUUGAGAGAAACGUUGAAGAUGGCGAAUGCUGAGGACUCGAAUCGCCUAACCUCGUGUACUCUGGUGUUGCUGGGACACAUAUUCUUAUCAUUGGGCAACAGUCAGGAGAGUAUGAACAUGGUGACUCCAGCCAUGCAGUUGGCCAGCAAGAUACCCGACGUGCAUGUGCAGCUAUGGGCGUCAGCAAUAUUGAAAGACUUGUACCGAAUGUGUGGAGACCCAGUGAGAGAGAACGAGGCCUACCAGAUGCAUUGCAACUUCUCCCAGAUGCUGUUGAAGGACCACUUCCAGUCGUCACAGAUGGCCGAACACAACCUCAUCUUCUGGCUGGAGGGUAGCUUCCCUCUCCUGGCCACCAAUCCUCCCUCCACCUCCACGCAGCUCGGUAUAUGAGCUCGCUAGACUAGAGAAGUCACCGCACUAGUCCUCGUCGAUUGCAGUUUUAAAUAGUUGUAUAUUCUAUAUAGAGAAUUUGUAUAUAACCCUGUGUGACAGGCGUGUAAUAUGAUUUAGUUUUAUCUGUUGGACUGAUUAGAAUGUCAGGCUUUAAACCAUCUCUUGGACGAAUCGUUUUCUCAAUUACUGACAAAGCAUGACCAAGCUUUUUAAUCCCUGCACCCGUUUUGACUAUUUUUAAAAUCAAAGUUUUGUGAAAUUCAAGCGCUUUGUGUUAGGAUGAUUUCUGUUUGUGUGUGUUCGAUCAAACAAACAAGUCACAUAUUUUUUUUUAAGCUCUGUUGACUUUACAAUUAAAUAACUUCUUGAUCAGCAUUGUACGUGUUGUUAAAUUUACAGAAAGUAAAUAAAAGGAACGUCUUAUAACACUUGAAACAUAUAUUUACGUUUAUACUGUUACUCACAAGACGGUAAAUAUACAAAAGAUGGUAAGUGGUGAUUGAUUUUGAUUGGACACUCCAAUCAUCUUGAAUGGCGUCCCUACGCCAUUGUGUUAUCCUAUGGGCUACCGGAAGCACCGGCCAAUACAGUCCAUCUGGUAGCCAAUAGGAUAUAUGUAGGGACGCCAUUCAAGAUUCUUGUCAUUCGCCUAUUGGGUCUGAGGAUGACUGGAGUGUCCAAUCGAAAUCGAUCACCACUUACCAUCUUUUAUGUAUAUUUACGGAAAGUACACGUCUUGUGAGAAACAGUAUAAGCGUAAAUAUAUGUUUUAAGUGUUAUAAGACGUUUCUUUUAUUUAUUUUCCGUGUCUUAACAAUUGAAAACUACACCUGUAAAAAUCGUUUGAAAUGGCUUUUGUAGUUCUAAUGUUACCGUAGUGAGGAUUCCUUUUGAUUAUUUAAUAUAAGGCAGACAGAAAGAUGUUUUUGUUGCUUAAUCAUUGUGUUAUAGAGUUUAAAUGUUUACAUUUAUCAUGUUUAUAUUUAUAUUUAUAUGUAAAUUGAGUUAUUUGUAAAAUUGUGUAUAUAAUGAAUUUACUGUAAUCUUGAAAACUGUUGCAUUAUAUAAAGUUUUGUAAAUAGUAGAUUUAUAUUACCAAAUUGUAUAGGUUAAGUGGAAUACCAUUUUAGGUUGUAGAGUGAACAUUACUUUUGCAAAAAGUGUUAUAAAAAUUAAAAGCCAUAGACUGUUUCAGUCAAAUUUAAUACUGAAUUAAAAGUUUGAAUUACACUAAAGUAUAAGUAAAGUUAAACCCAAUAAUUCAAUUUUAUGAUUAUACUUGUCAAAUUUGG